AUGUCGGAUAAGGCAAGUUCUUGUGAUUCAUCUGAUUUCUCCGAUGGUUAUCCAACGACAACAACCAUUAGUACAGUUGCUGUACAAGCUGGGAAUGCACGUAUUGUAUUGGCUGUACUGCGAUGUGGUAACUGGAUCCGUGUUCGCAUUCAGCGUAUGGAACCAGAUCUAUAUGAUAUUGGAGGAAAUGCUGAUGAAGCGCGUUCACUACAGGAAAUACAUGAGCAUUUAUGCGCUAAGUUGGCUUCUAAACAAGAACAAAUCUCUGAGCUUUUGUCAAGAGCCGAUGAUUUAGUCACUCAGCAGACUUCAGACAAUCAAAGUCAAGUGUACGCAGCAAUGGCGGAAUCUUUAAAUCGCGCUUGGCGUGAUUUACUUGGCAUAUUAACACAACGUGGACGUUUACUUGACCUGGCGGUGGAAUGCUUCAAUUCAGCUGAGAAUGUUAUCUACCAGGCUGAAACAGUUGAACAUCUGUGUAACACUGGCAGUUGGGGUCAUGAUGUCAAUUCAGUGCGUCGUUUAAUAGAGGAACACGAAAAUUUGAAACGUACUGGAUUAUUGGAACCAUCGCAUAACAUGCUGAAUUUAGCUAAUAAUUUAUUAGAAUUACUUGGUCGUAUGUCGUGUCAAGCUGGUGGUUCAACUUCCGCCUCAAACACUGGAUCUGGACGUGCAAGUAUUGAAGCUAGAGAACGUGUAGCAGUGAUUACUUCUAAAGCUGGAGUUGCUAGACGGCAUGCUGAAGAUGUAUGGAAUCGUCGUGAUCAUUUACUUCAUCUGAGACUAGCUGUAGUUUCUAUGGAAGCAGAGCUAGAACGUAUUGUUGACUGGUUUGUGAAGACUGGUGAACCUCGUUUUUCAGACAUACAAGUUGGAACAAGUCUAUCCGAGUGUCAAGCUAAUUUGGAUAUGUUAAUGACUCUUGCCGAUGAGGUUCGUGACCUACAAAAUGCACACUCACGUUUAAUGCAACACUUACAUCAAGCGACAACUACAGAUUCAUGGCGUAGAAAACGUGAAAAAAGUGUAUCGGAAAUCCUACGAGCACAAGAACAAGAAUUGGGCUUGCAUUCUUUACCAGUCAGUUUAGAGGGUGAUAAUGAAGUUGAAAUGACGAGUGUUCAUGACUCAGAUACCUGGCGUGUUACUCAUGGUGCAUAUUCUGAAUUGAUUACUAGACUGAGGACUACAGAAUCAUAUAUUUGGGAAUUUCUAGAAAGGAUUGAAAGCAGAAGACGUCAGCUGCAUACUAGCGUCAUUUAUUAUAGUGAAAUUAAUGUUCUUCUCAGUCAAAUUUAUCAACUUGAAUCAGACAUGAAAAAGACAAGAGAUCUUCAACAGACUGGACUGGAAGAAAUCUAUUACAAUCGACUGACUGAUUUGGAAGUACGUGUACCAGGUUUAAAGCAAACAAUGAAUGAAUUACGAAGCAGUUAUAAUGAACCAGCUAGACUGUCUAGACUGAGAGCUCAACUAGGCGUUAAAAUACAACCGCCUGCCUAUGAAUCUGAAUUACCGCCAGCGGCAGCAAAUUCAGUGACUAGUAAAAUGCGUGAGGUUGAUGAAGGCAUAGAAAGAUGUCGUGACCUACUCAAUAAACACAGGGAAUUAAACAUCAAAAUUCAGAAACGUGAAGAAACUGAAUUUCGUUUGAAUGAUUUGAGUAUGUGGUUGAGUCAACGAAUUUACCAUUCACUUGUGGAAUACGGAAGAUCUGGUACAACGCUUGAACAGGUAGCCGAUUUCGAAGAUGUACAUCGACGUCUUGAACGUGAACUGCAGUCUAGAGAACCUGAAUUGGAAGAAUUACGCAUUGCUAUUAGUCGUCUAUCACCAACUGCUGGAAAGUCAAGUUCACAGGAUCGUUUAAAUGAAUUAACCUCAUGUUGGACACGUUAUCGUCAAAUAAUUCAGUUACGCUUAGAAUUAGCAAAUCAUUUCUCUUCAUUACUGAGACGAAUACGUGAAGACGAAUAUCAGUAUAAUCUAACUGUGCAAAAGAUGCAUGAAGCUGACAGAAUGAAAUUAACAACAACUGGCUUAGAUUUUCAUCCGAGUUGGAUAGCCGGUCCUACAGAAUCUCCACAGGCAGCUGAACGUAUGCGCAGUGAAUUAAAUAUGACUACAAGUCGAUUAGAAGAACAACAGAUACUGAUUCGUCAGUUUAUUGAUCAUAUUACACAGAGGGCUGAUCAAGAUUUGCAGAUCACAGAAACUGUGCAUUACUGUCAAGUUCAACUGGAACUGAAUAAUAAACGCUUAGUUCAACUACGUGAAUCAUGGGAUAAUUGUCAACAACUCUGGGACCAGUAUAAACUUGCUCAAGAACAAUGGGAAAUAUUUACACAAACAGCUCGUAGUCUGGAUGAAACGAUGACAUCAUCACUUUCACGAAUGUCACGAACACCAUUGCCAAGUCAACCUUAUGAACUUACUGAAGCGUUGAAAAUGCAUCAUAAUGAACGUAAUGAAAUUGAUCAGUUAACAUUGAAUUUGAAGACAAAAGCUCAACAAUUAGGUGCAAUGGUUGGCGCUAGACCAGAUGAUCAAGAUCAUAGUGGACAAGGUUGGAGAUUUGUUGAAGCUGUUGAUGCUUCAUAUUCUGGACUUGCAUCUUCAAAUAUGGGAAAACGUAUACGUUCUGAAAUGUGUAUGCAACUAGCUGGUUUGGAGACAAGAUGGAAAGCAUGGGAUAAGGCAUGGACAUCCCGAAGUAUACAGCUGGAAAGACGUGGUACACAUUUUGGACACUUAACGACAAUAGAGGGAAUUGAAGAAGAAAUAGUUAUGGCUGAGAGGAAAUUACAGGAAAUUAUGGGCAUGGUUUCAUUGACUGCACCGAUUUCUCAAGUUCAAAUGGCUGACAGAGCAUUGAGUCAAAUUGAGGCUACUGUUCCGGUUCUACGAGGUCGCAUACAUUCAAGUGCACCAGAUAUGAGACUGCAAUUAAUUCAGGGUGAGCCAUCACCAAAUGAAUAUACUGGUGCUAAUAUUGAUCUAAUGGACGUCACAAGACGUCGUCACGAGCAACUUGAAUCACGUCUUACCACAUUUACGGAAGAAACUGUACGCUGUCGGACAGAAAUUAGUUUAACACUACGUCUGUUAAACGCUGUCAGUAUGGCUGAGAAUGUGCUUUCACAGAUCACAUUCAAUUUAGAUAAUGUUAAAAGUCGUAUUGCUGAGAUUUCACUACAAAACACCCAUCAAAUAGAACAGAUUCGUUUUGAAAUUUCUGAACAAAUUAACCGAGGACGUGUAUUGGCUGAUACUCAUAUACCAGUAUUGGAACAAUUAGCUUUUCAAUAUCCCCGACCUGUGGAAGCCAAACAACUUAUACAGCCACUUAUUAGUGGAUUUCAAACAACUAUAAACAAUUUAAAUCAAAUGUCUGAUGAAAUACGUGUGAGAACAGAACAGUUUAUUGAUUUACAACGACCACAAGGUAUGCAAGUGGCCGGUGAUCAAAUUCGAUCAACGUCUAUAGUAAUGCCAGUGCGAGCGAAACCACCAGUUAUUACCAAGCCAUUGGAAAAUAUCACUACUGAAGAAGGUAAAAAGGUUGUUAUGGAGACUAAAUUCGAUUCAGGCCUACCACCAGAUGCGAAUCCAUUUGAUGCUAAUCAAUUACAAGUAACCUGGUACAAAGAUGGUUUGCCAGUGAUUACACCAGAUUAUGAAGUAAAUUUAACUCCCAAUUCAGCCAGUCUAAAAAUAUCUGAAACACUAACUGAAGACAAUGCAGUGUUUUCAUGUCAUAUUAGCACACCAUACGGUAAAGCUGAGACAAGAUGCACUUUAACAGUGAUCGAGCCAAUCAGUCCACAACCUGCUGAUGAAAGUAUGAUCCAGCCUACUAGAAGUGUUAGAGAACAAAAGCCUGUUCGUGAAACUGGUGAACCACCUCAAUUUAUCAAACAUCUCAAGUCGACUUACAUUGACGAAACGCAGGAACUAGUGUUAGACUGUCAAGCUGUUGGUCAGCCUGUUCCAUUCCUGUCGUGGUAUAGAAAUGAUCAGUUGAUAGAUCAGAAUCCUGACUUUAAAAUUACUCAAUUGGCCGGAUCAGGAAUACUGAGAGUUCCACAGUGUCGUGUCGCUAGUCAUUCAGGAGUAUAUGUGUGUCGUGCAAUCAAUCCACUUGGUGAAUGCUCAACAACCUGUCAGGUUAACAUUAAUCCAGCUCAACCACCGGAAAUUAUUCAGCCCUUGCAAAAUCUGAAUCUGAAAGUUGGCGACAGAUGUAAACUUACAGUUCAGUAUAAGAGUGCACUACCAGCUGUAGUGGAAUGGUAUCACAAUGAUAUGCCAAUUCAAGGCGAAAUAGGCCGUCGACGUAUUACAAUGGAAGUUAACAACACAGUCAGCCUACAUCUUCUUAUGGUUUCUGAAUUAGAAGGUGGAAAAUAUGCAUGUACCGUGCGUAAUCCAGCAGGAUUUGCCACAACAAGUUGUAGCGUCACAGUUCAUCCUCUGGAGAAACGUGAACCUUUAUCACCAUCACAACUAUCUUUCCGAGCAACAGCUUCACGUCGCAGAAGAGAUAUUCAACUUGAGUUUGAUGAGGUGUUUGAACCCUCUAAAAUUCCACGUGUAGUCCAAUCUCCGACUGCAGUUAGGGCUGCUGUUCCUUACACAAGCCCCCAAGAUUUUCAAAGAGCAGUUUCUGUACCACCUCUUACUACAGUCUCUGUACCACUGAGAAUGCGAACGCAUGUUCCUGAAUCGCGUCCAGCAUCAGAUUAUGGUAGACCGCCACAGUUUCUUACACCUCUACAAAAUGCUGAGGUUGAUGGACAAGAGAAAAUCAAGCUGGAGUGUCAGAUCACCGGGUUUCCAGCACCAAAAGUGAGUUGGCUGAAAAAUGGUAUUCCGUUGGCUAGAUCGAAUUCGUAUGCCAUCCAAGAAAAUGGACAGUAUCAUAGUCUCACUUUCUACGAUGUGUUCAUUGAAGAUCAAGGCGAGUAUACAUGCGUUGCUGAAAAUCCCUAUGGGAAUGCAUUCAGUUCUUGUAGAAUGGAUGUUGAACCUAUUCACACCUCUGAACAACCAGUUGAUCGAGCACCUACAAUAGUGAAGCCUUUGCCAGCACGUCUAUCAGCUGUCGAAGGUAAUUCACUUGAUCUGACUUGUCAGUUUACUGGUCGACCAAUACCAACAGUGGUAUGGCUUAAAGAUGGUAAACAGCCUCAGUCUUCAGUUAAUUUUCAGACUUUUCAGGACUCUGGAUUUGCGCGUCUCUACAUUCCAAAAGUGGAAAAAGACAAAGGUGGCACAUAUGAAGCUGUAGCAACAAAUCAAUUAGGCAGUUGUAGUACUACCUUAUAUCUGGAAAUAAUCCCAACUAUGAAAACCUCAGUUGACUUACUGACAUCAGUAUCACCGGCGAUGAGUGGAAGUCCACCCGAGUUCACACGAAUAUUUAAGGAUGUUUAUAUAGAAUCAGAACGUCUGGAAGAAAUAGUACUAGAGUGUUCAGUGACAGGUAUUCCAACACCAACAGUGUACUGGACACAUAAUGGCAUAAUUAUAACGCCAGAUGAUCAACGUUAUACCGUUGGACGAGGACCUGGGCCAAAUGAUCAUUGUCUUAUAAUUCGACGACCGGGACCAGAAUCAGCAGGUCGUUAUCAAGCGAUAGCUGAAAAUAUUCACGGAAGAGUUACCUGUUCAGCACUGAUCAGUCCUUCAGGCUUCAGUCAAACCUUAAUAAAACGACCACCUUCUACAAUGAGUUUAACAAGACACACAGUUAUCCGACAACAACAAUGGACGCGUGAAACAUCUUUGCCGCCAUCGCCAGCGAGUACUGGUCCAAUACUUUCACCACAAUCAUUCGCCACAGUUCAAGUGCCUCGGUCGCCAAUUAGAUUUCAGAGGGAAACGUCAGCACCUCCAUCCCAAUACUACUUGACAAGACAUCAUUUACAAAUAAGACCAAGACAGGCAACACCACCAAUUCAACUCACAUUCUCUUUACCACGUAAAGAGAAGUCAUUAAGUCGAACAGAGAUUACAAAACCUGUUGAGAGUCACUUAAGACCUCAAGGACAAGUGAAACACUACAGCAGCACACAACACUUGAACAAAAAACAAUUUACACCAGUUGUUCAACAUGUCGAAACACGCUAUUCACGUCGUGUAGCAAGUCAACCACGUCUAUCACCGGGUUAUUCAUCAGAAGAAGAACAUGAACACAGUAUGUCAAUUGUUCCAAUGGUAAGACAUUAUAAAACACGUAUGGAAAGAAAUAUGGUUGCUCGACCACAUGUUACCUCUGGUUACACUUCUGUGAAAGAGCAUAGACGUUCACUGCACGUUAUACCAAUGAGACGUGAAUAUCAGACAUGCUUAGAACAUAAUGUACCAUCUCGUCCAACAUUGGAGACAUGUUUUGCAACGGAAGAAGAACGUGAAUAUGGGAUGAAUGUUGUACCGAUUGUACCACACACUGAUUAUAAGACAGAAUUGACAACAGAUGUUUAUAGUAAACCAGAAUUAACACCAGGAUAUGCUACAGAGACGAAGCAUAUUCGAUCUUUUGAAGUUACACCAAUGGUACCAGAAUAUCAUACUAAAAUGGAAAGACAAGUUACGAGUCAUCCAAUACUUGAAGCUGGUUAUUCAUCUGAAGAAGAGCACGAGCAUAAAUUAAGCGUGGUACCUAUGGUCCCAUAUACUUCUUAUAAAACGGAAUUAAGUACCGAUGUCUUAUCGAAACCAGAAUUGGUACCAGGAUAUUCUACUGAAACCAAACAUCCUGUAAAUCUUGAAGUUACACCGAUGGUACCAGAAUAUCGUACUGAAUUAGACACAAGUGUCGCCAGCCACCCAUACUUAGAAGAAGGUUAUACAUCUGAAGGAGAACAUGAACGUCAAAUGGAACUUGUGCCUCUGGUACCGGAAUACAAGACACAACUUUCAACAGAUUUAUCCGCCAAGACGGAGGUGAUUAGUGGCUAUGAAAGUCGGCUGCAUUUUGAACGAACAUAUCUGAUGGAGACACAGUUAAAGCAGUAUGAAAGUGCAAUUUCAACUCGAAUACCAAGCAGACCAUCAUUGACGUCUAUAUUUGAAUCGACCUUUGAGCAUGAAACAAAUAUGAAUGUUGUUCCAGUUGUUCCACACGAUGAACAUUAUCAAAGUCAAAUACUUGCUGAUUUCCAUGCUCAGUAUCGUCCAAUUGAUGUCAUUGUUGAAGUGCCAAUCCCACCAGAAUUUGUCAAGCCUUUGACUAAUGUAAUAGCCGACGAAGGAGCGUGUGUCGUAAUUGAAGGUCUUGUAAAUGGUGUACCGCAGCCUAAAAUAUCAUGGUACCGUUCUGGACGAGAGAUAUGCGAUGGUCCUGAUUUCCGAUUAGAUUAUACCGAUAAUCGUGUACGACUAACACUUAGCGAAGCUUUUGCUGAGGAUGCUGGUGAGUACAUGUGUGAAGCUGAAAAUGUUGCAGGUCGAGCACAAAGUGCUGCAAAUUUAAUAGUACGUGCUCGCUUAUUAGCACCGAAGUUUAUUAAAGGACUUGAAAAUCAAAUUAUUUAUGAAGGUGAAUCAGUUCGACUGGUUGUGAAAGUUGAUGGUCAUCCACCUCCAACAGUUACAUGGACACGUGACGGUCACGAAAUCACAAGUUCUCCCAAUUACAUACUUGAAAAAGAAGGUGAUGGUGUUUAUGCGCUUAGUAUACCAGAGGCAUUCUUUGAAAAUUCUGGACGUUAUGCUGUAAUUGCAGAAAAUCCAGCUGGAAAGUGUAUUUCUUCAGGCUUGGUUACAGUAUUGGAACCAGAAAGACCGUAUCCAGGUGGACUAGAUAAAUUAUGUCAGAGCCAGUUGACAGUACAAGUGGAAGGUUUGAAACAGGUUCGAUUACCAUCACCAGUGCCUCAGCCACACCCAGAGAAGCCUUAUUUCACAAAGGCCUUCAGUCCUGAAAUAGAGAUAAAUGAAGGUGAACGAUUAGUUUUGACGGCUGAAGCCUGGGGCAAUCCCAUUCCCAUCAUCAAAUGGUACUUCAAUGGUCAACCUUUAGUCGAUGGCCCUGACCAUCAACAAUCUCAAGUUGGCCCACAGUUGACUGAUGUCAAUCAGCUACAACCGCAUCCAGUGCUAAUGACAGGUCAUUUGGUCAUGAAUGAAGUAUUCUUGCAAGAUUCUGGUCUCUACACAUGCGUAGCUGAAAAUAUAGCUGGUCAAGCAGAAGUUAUGGCGAAUAUAAGUGUUGUGCCAAAACCAAUUCGCGAAAUUCAGAGACCAUCAAUUCAACCACCAGAAUUUGUCAGAUUCCCAGAAUCUCCAGUGAAGCUGCAAUCUGGCCAGGAUGUAGUAUUCGAAGUCGAAGUUAAAGGCCUACCUUUAACCUCUUUGAACUGGUAUCACAAUAAUAUGAUUGUUCAUAAUAAUCAGAAUGUAUUCAUUGAGAAUAUACCCGAGGCUGGUAUCACAAGAUUAUUUAUUAAAUGUGUGCAACCAGAUGACCAAGGUGAAUGGUUAGUGACAGCUACAAAUCCGGCUGGUUCAUGCUCUAGAGCUGUUCGAGUAAUUUGUGAAGAGACUGUAUUUAUUCAACCAGAGCCUAUUGUCCAUUCAGAAUAUGAGCUGAAAUUAAGUCAUCCAGUGUCUGAUGUCACUGAUUUAUCCUAUACCUAUGAACAACAAACGCUAUUCAUACAACCGGAAAUGAUUCCACCGAAUUUUGUAGAACGUUUCCCCAGUGAAAUUAAGAUCAAUGAAGGAACACCGUUAAUUCUACAUGGUAGAGUUCAUGGCCAACCAAAACCAACCAUAAAAUGGCUUAAAAAUGGUAAACCAUUAUAUCCAAGUGACAGAAUUCAUUAUUAUGCACUGGAUGAUGGAACAGUACAUUUAGAAAUUGCAGAACCUACAGAAGAAGAUUCAGGCGUUUAUGUUGCCUCAGCUGAAAAUCCCGUUGGAGAAGAUCACUGUAUUGUUACUCUAUCCGUUCUACCACUGGUAAGUGUUGCACCGACCGGCCAACCGCCAGUAUUCUGUCGUGGUCCACUUCCUUGGUCGCCUGCAGAAACUGGUCCACUGAUUGUUUGCCCUGGAGUAUUAAAUUUAAAGGAAGGUCAGUCUGUUCGCUUAGAAGUUGAAGUGAUCGGUAAACCAACACCAACAAUAGCAUGGUUCAUCAACGGACGAUCUAUCAGCAUGGAUAAAACACACAAGGUUGUCCCACUUCGUGCCAAUGUGUGUUCACUGAUUCUCGAUUCACCAGCGCCGAAUCUGGAUUCUGGCCUUUGUAGUUGUAUAGCCACUAACCAGUUUGGUCAAGCUGAACUUCAAUUUAACAUUCAUGUUGAAAGUAAACCCCAGACCAUUUCUCAGGCGCCACGAUUUGUACAAAAACCUCCAAUUCAGUUGACAGCAUCACCGAAUGAACAGGUUACACUGUACGCUGUCGCAGAAGGCAUACCGAAACCAGUUUUAUCAUGGCAUAAAGAUGGAAAGUUAUUUACUGGCACUGCAGACGGUCGUAUCCAGAUUGUAACUAAUGAAAUGGAGACAACACUGUAUAUUGCCUCCUUACAGCCAGAAGACUUCGCCACAUGGCAAUGUCUUGCUGCAAAUACAUCUGGAAGUGCUUCAGCAAGAUGUAAAAUUUCAGCACCAGUUGAAGAAAAACCUAAAGAACCAGCUAGAAGAUACAGUAUACCGAAAAAACAACCUGAAGGGCUUCAAGAAGUUACUUCCCCGAACCCAAUAAUUAUGUCUCCACCACAGUCGGUGCGUGUAAAUGAAGGUGAAAAUGCUCGUUUCACAGCUCAUAUAGUUGCAAAUCCCCCACCAGUUGUAUCUUGGUAUAUUAAAGGUCAACCAGUACCUACUGUUGGAACAAUACAACAACAACCAGAAGGCGAAGAAAUUCGACAUUUAAGUCGUUUCGAUGGCUUGAUUUACUAUCUAGAUAUGCAAAAAUGUCUACCUGAAGAUGCAGGUGAAAUUUAUGUUGUAGCACAACGUAGUGAUAUUUCACCGGAGGCAGUAGCCAAUGAACCUAAUGCUGUUGUAAGCGCAUCUGCUAAUCUAGAAGUAGUGCCAGCUGUUGAUCUACGUGCACAACUGAAACCGAUACCUAAAACCUCUACUGAAAUCAUACCUGAAAAGGUUGAACCGAAGCUUGAAGGUCGUGCACCACGUUUCCUUAAAUUUCUACAACCUGUAACAGCACCAGAAUCUUCACAAAUAACGUUUUCGGUUGAAUUUGAUGGUGAACCAUCGCCUGAAGUAAUCUGGAUGCAUGAACAAGAGGAUAUAAGUAAUAAGGAAAACUAUCAGAUAACCACAACACCUACAACAAGUCAGCUAGUAAUUUCCAAUGUCCGCUUAGAAGAUAUGGGCAAUUUCUCAGUUACGCUGCGUAAUCCAAUUGGACAGGCAUGUAGUAAGUCAAGAUUGACAGUGACACAGCUGAAAGUGUCUGGGAAAGCACCUGAAUUCGUACCACCAAUUAUUCAAUCACAGGUUGUAGAGGCUGGAGAGCCGAUUACAUUUGAAUGCAAGGUUAUUGGGGAGCCAACACCUCAAGUGCAUUGGGAACGUAAUGGAGAAAGACUACCGCUUAAAAGUCUUGAUCAUAUGCGAAUAUUUGAUGCACCGCCAUUUCAUACUCUUGUUCUAUGCGAAACUGUUCCAGAAGAUUCUGCCGAAUAUCAGUGCGUAGCGAUUAAUGCGCAUGGACAUAGUGUUUGCAAGGCUAAUGUUACUGUAAAAGCCAAACCAGUUACUGUCAUCCCACCGAGAAUUAUUCAAGCACCACAGAGUGUAACUGUUGCUGAAUCAGAACCUGUCCAACUGACUGCACUGAUAGAAGGCACGCCAAUGCCAGAAAUUACUUGGCUACUGCAUAAUGAAGUUAUUAAACCAUCUCAAUACUUUCUUCCGGAAGUUCGACCAGAUGGUUACACAAUACUUAAUAUUUCAAAUGUUUAUCCAGAAGAUGUAGGAGUUUAUACAGUACGCGCUAUGAACGCUGGUGGUGAGGUAACAGCGUCGGCUGAAGUUUGCCUAUCAGCUCCGCAAACUAUCGCUCCACAAUUUGUCAAACCCUUACCUAUGGAGCCGAUAGAAGUUAAAGAAGGCGAACAAGUCUGUCUAGAGGUUCAGGUAUCAGGUGAACCUUUGCCUGAGAUUAGCUGGUAUCAAAAUGGACAGCCAAUACAAUCAGGUCCUGUUUGGAAGGUAACAACGGACCGAUAUAUUUCACGCCUUGAAUGCAAAACUGUGUCAAUGAAUAACUCUGGAGAAAUACUUGUCAGAGCAGUUAAUCCAGCAGGUCAAACAACCACACAAACAAAAAUGAUUAUUAUUCGUCUAGGACCAGAACCGAAACCACCAGUUUUUGAAAAACGCUUACAACCUAGAAUCAAAGUACUGGAAAAUCAUACUGUUACACUGGAGUGCUGUGUCAAUGGAUAUCCAGAGCCAACUUUACGAUGGUUUCAUAAUGGUGUGGAAUUUGAACCAGUAAUAAUUUCAUCACCUUCUCAACAAGCAUCUGCUAAAAAGGAAUUGUACAUUGACAGAUCAACACAUACAUAUACGUUGAGUAUACACGAUUUAAAUGCCUUUGAUAUAGGCGAAAUAAUGGUACGCGCAGAAAAUGAACUUGGUGUAACUAUGUGCAGUAGUGUAUUAGAACUAGAGAUAGUUGAUGGAAAGAUUGUUGAACCACGUUUUGUGCGUCAACCACCAGAAAGGAUUGAAUUACAACCUGGUGAUAGUGCUAGACUGGAAUGUGAGGUUGAAUCCGAACCACCGGUUACAUUUAGAUGGUAUUUAAAUGGAUUACAACUAGACCAGACAGCGAAACAAUUCAAAGUGCUUGAAGACACUAAUCGUACAACUCUCAUCAUUCCAUCGGUUCAGCCAGAAAUACUGCCCAGUCAAGUUACCAUAGAAGCUGCUGGACAGACGGGAACAAAGAUUGUAACCUCUUCAGUAUUGGUAAUGAUGGCUAAAACAGAUGAUAUAACAGAAACGGAACCGGAAAAACAACUCCCUGAACUUCGUUUCACUCGACAACUACCAACACAUUUAACGUAUAGUGAAAAAGAUGAAGCGAUUACACUUGAAGUUGAAGUUGAUAGACCGGAAGAAUCAUUUACAGAUGUUCCUCAGCCUGUUUUUAGUUGGUAUUUGAAUGGAAUAGAAAUAUUUCUACUUCCACCUGAAAAGAACCCUGAACGAUACAUUGUAACUCAAGAUCAACCAUGGCAGAGUAGACUGACAAUCAAUAAUCCUGGUACCUGGGACUUUGGCGAAGUUACCUGUAUGGUAACACGUUUAAGUGGUGAUAAGGAGGAGAAGAUUUACACUUCAUGUAAUCUCGAAUUAACUUAUCAGCCACCAAAGACGGAAGAGCAGCCAAAAGCACCAGUAGUUUCAAAAUUAGAAUUUGCUCCACAAUUCAUUCAAGGUUUACCAGAAAAACUUACACCAGAAGUAGGAUCUACAGUUGUUAUGGAUAUCAUAUUGAAGGCGAAUCCAUCACCUGAUAUUCAAUGGGCAAUUAGUUCACCGUCAACGGCUGAAAGAUUCGAAUUUUUCGGUCCAGAACAAGUUGAUGACGAUACAUUACAAUACAGAGCUGUGCUACACAAUUAUCAACCUGAAAAAGAUGAUAAUACUGUACUCCAGAUGAUUGCUACAUCCCCAUUAGGACAAGCAACAUCGGUGUGUCAUAUACAACCAAGGGAACAACAGACUGUCAAUGUGCAAUUCGCUAAAACACUAACUUCACAAUUAGAAGUUGCACUGGACCAACCGCUACAGUUAGAAUGCUCUGUUCAACCGACAACAGCUCCAAUUGAAUUUCGUUGGUAUGUUAAAGGGCUAGAAGUCACUCAAGAACAAAUACCAUGUGAAGUGAAGACAACAGAGUUUUCAUCAAUUUUAGAAAUACCAAAAAUUAAUUCUGAAAUGAUUGGAACCAUCACUGUUUCUGUUUUGCAUCCUGAAGGAGAAUUGACUAGCUCAUGUGAAUUGUAUACUGCUACUGAAGUAGAAAUGCCUGUGGUUGAAGAUGUUAUCACUGAAUUACCAUCAGCACCUGAAACGUUUACAGUUGAAUUGAAAAAUGUCGAAGAACAAACUGAAUUCAGUUUCAUUAAACCCGUUCGCGCUGAAGUUCACCAAGAUUCAACUGAAGAACGUACUUUAGAAUUGGAGUGUCAACUGCUGACAGACCAGCAGCCAGUAUCUGUUCAGUGGAGUCAUGAAGGCUCCGAACUUACAGUAUCCGAUCGCAUUGAACAAGUCUAUGAGUAUGAAAGCGGUUUGGCUAAACUAGUUAUACACAAUGUUACCCCACAAGAUAUGGGUGAAUACACAUGUACUGCAACGCGAACCCAACUUGUACCGACACAAGUUGAACCCAUUCAAAAGACUAUCACCUCCAGUACAGUCGUGGAUAUUGAAGUUCCUGAAACAGUUGAAAUUGUUCCUACAAUCAGUGAGAAAGUACUCACAUUUUUACAACCUGUUAAACCAAAUAUUCACACUGUACAAGACCAUAAAGAUCUUGAAUUGGAAUGUCAAAUCCAAGCCGACUUGAAACCUAUCCAACUUGUCUGGGAAGUUAACGGAGAAGAAUUAACUCAAUCGGAUCGUACAGAAAUGACGUAUUUCGAAGACAGUGGGAUAGCUCGUUUAAUAGUACACCAAGUUGUUCCAUCAGACUCUGGUGAAUAUGUUUGUAAAGUUCAUGGUGAAGUUGUGGAGGCUGAAACAAAACAACAAAUGACUAAAACAAUUUCUUCCGGUUCAAUAGUUACAAUUGAAGAUCAACCUGAGGAAAUCACUGUCCCAGCUGAAGAUACUCAACUUGUACAACCAUCAAUUGCUGCUGUCGAACCAGCCGACUUAUGCUUUGUCAAACCUGUCGCGCAUGAAUUGCACAAAACUUCUGAUCAAGAGAAACAACUUGAACUGGAAUGCCAAUUCCAAGCUGAUUUGAAACCAGUUGAAGUACAAUGGAAACUAGAUGGAAAGGAGUUGACUCAAUCCGAUCGAAUUGAAAUGACAUACAUGGAAGAUGUUGGUGUAGCCCACUUGACUGUGCAUCAAGUGAGCCCGAGUGAUUCAGGUGACUAUCAGUGUGUUGUUGUUGGUGAAGUGAUUGAAGCGAAGACAGGUGAACGUUCAGUAAAGACGAUUAUGUCAACAUCGCAUGUUACUAUUGAAGAAGAACUACCUGAAGAAGUAACUAUACCUCUGGAGGUUAGUGAACCGAAACAACCAGUAUUUACUACAGUCGAGCCAGCUGAUCUGUAUUUCGUAAAACCCAUUUCACAAGAAUUUCGUGAAGUCUCUGGACAGGAGAAACAACUUGAACUGGAAUGCCAAUUCCAAGCUGAUUUGAAACCAGUUGAAGUACAAUGGAAACUAGAUGGAAAGGAGUUGACUCAAUCCGAUCGAAUUGAAAUGACAUACAUGGAGGAUGUUGGUGUAGCUCACUUGACUGUGCAUCAAGUGAGCCCGAGUGAUUCAGGCGAUUAUCAGUGUGUCGUAGUUGGUGAGGUGAUUGAAGCGAAGACAGGUGAACGUUCUGUGAAGACGAUUAUGUCAACAUCACAUGUUACUAUUGAAGAAGACUUGCCCGAAGAAACUGUUGCACCAAUUGAAACAAGUGAACCGGAACAAUCAACUGUCGUCCCAGUACAACCUGCUGAUUUGUGCUUUGUGAAGCCAAUUACACCACAGCUGAAUAUUGUGUCCGAGCAGGAAAGACAACUUGAACUGGAAUGCCAAUUUCAAGCUGAUUUGAAACCAGUUGAUGUACAAUGGAAACUAGAUGGAAAGGAGUUGACUCAAUCCGAUCGAAUUGAAAUGACAUACAUGGAGGAUGUUGGUGUAGCCCACUUGACUGUGCAUCAAGUGAGCCCGAGUGAUUCAGGCGACUAUCAGUGUGUUGUUGUUGGUGAAGUGAUUGAAGCGAAGACAGGUGAACGUUCAGUGAAGACGAUUAUGUCAACAUCACAUGUUACUAUUGAAGAAGUUGUACAAGAAGACAGUCUGCGUUCCCCAGUGAUCAUAAACGAGUUAACACCAUUGAGUAUUUCUGAAGGAGAGGAGAUUUAUUUGACAGCUGUUGUCAAAGGCAAUCCACAGCCAACUGAUGUCACUUGGAAACACAAUGGUAAUGUCCUGCAACCUGAUAGUACAGAUGCUGCCAUCUUUUAUAGUCCAGAGACAGGAGUUUGUGAAUUGACAAUAUCUGAAGCAUUUCCUGAAGAUUCGGGAGUUUAUUCUGUCGAAGCACAAAAUAAUGUUGGUACCGCCAUCAGUCAGACCGAAGUAGUUGUAUUAGUAGAGGUAAGGACACAGCCAAGUGUUUUACAGGAAGAUGAUAUAAAAGUAGUUGACAUAAUAAAUGACAGUGUAGAAUUAGAGAAACAAGCUGUUCUAAUAGAUAUAGAACAAACUGAAAGAACAGAAAUGUACUCACCUAUUGAGACGCUACCAGAAGUCCUUCAAGCCGCAGUAUAUGAACACAUAGCAGAGGAAACAGAAUUCGAAGUAGAUUUAGAAGAACCAUUGGAAAUGGAUGACACUGAGUUUUCGCUUGAGGAAGGCGUCACACCAACACACGCAAUAGUCCUAGAUGUCCUUAUACCCCAUGAUUCUAUAAGUGUAGACGAGACUAGUAUCAGCGUUGAGGAAGCGGAAAAAGCUCAAUCGAUUCCUAGUUUGACUGAGAUCUCCUUACAUGAUGUAACUCAGACAGGAAUUUCAGAAACAAGUUUAAUAGAAUUCAAGCCAGUUCAAUCCCAAGAAUACAUCAAAACGGAAACAAUAUCAAACAUAGAAGACAAGGACCAUGUGUCAAGUGAAGAUUCUGUCAAAAUACAGGAAACGACCCCUCAAAUAGUGGAGAAAGUAACAGAAGAACAGGCUAAGCCCGAGAAAUUGCCAAAGAUAAAUGCUCCUUCAAGUCCAGUGAAUGUAAGAAUUGUUAUCACUCCACCGGAAUCUCCAGAUUCUAAGCCAAAACUUGAGAUAACAUGGGAGCAGCCUGAUGACGCACCAGUCAGUAAUUUCUAUAUUGAACUGAAACCGGUCGAUGCUAAACAGUGGCAAGAUGUAUCAGCUGACUUCACUGUAACAGAACCGCAUGCAACACUUCCAACUGAUAAUUUGCAAGAAUCUGUUAGUUAUGAAUUUCGAGUUAUUGCAGAAAACGAAGCCGGAAAAAGUCCACCAUCUAAACCAUCAAAUUCAAUUGAAUUAGGUUCACCGCUACAAUUCAUACGUCCAUUAACCGAUCUUACUAUCACUGAAACAACAACUGAUACCACUGUUGUAUUGGAGUGUGAAUUGUCUCGUUCAUCUCGUGAAAAAGUCAAGUGGAUGAAAAAUGGUCAACCAUUAACUAAAUUGCCUAAGAAUAUAAAAACAGAAGAAUCGGACGACGGAAAAAUCCAUAGACUUGUAAUCCAAAAUGUCACUGAAGAGGAUUUAGCCGUCUACUCUAUACAAGUGGAAUCAUUGAAGAGUGAAGCGCGACUUGAUAUGAAAAUUAAACCAACACUGAGAUUGUCAGACUCAUUCUCCGAUCGUGUCAUCAUGAAAGCAGGAUCAGCAGCUGUCUUCGAAAUCCCAUUCAUCGCCAGUCCAAAACCAAAGGUGGAGUGGAAAUGGAGACCGAGAACACGUCCUGACGCCGAGCUCGGUGCACCUCAGACUCCACGAUUCAAGCCUGAUGUGGUGUCUGGAUUGACGUCACUUCCUGUGAGCAAGGUGAAGCGUGAGGAUGCUGGUCCACCGCCCAGUCCUAUCAAUGUCAAAGCAGUCGUCAAUCCACAGAAAGCAUCAAUCAAAGAUCAAACUAUCGAAUUGACAUGGGAACAACCAAGUGAUCAGGUCUCGGCUUCUGGACCUGUCACCAACUUCUACAUCGAAAUGAAACCAACAGAUUCAACGCGUUGGCAGGAUGUGUCGGCCGACUUCACAAUCACUGAACCACAUUUCACACUGCCUACUGAAAAGAUGCAAGAGUUUGUGAGUUAUGAAUUUCGUGUUACAGCGGAGAAUAAAGCAGGGAAGAGUAAACCAUCAUCACCUUCGAAUGCUAUUGAAUUAGGUACUCCUCUGGAAUUCAUACGUCCACUAACAGACUAUACUGUCACUCAACUCACUGAUGAACCUGUUAUUCUAGAAUGUGAAUUAUCUCGUGCAUCACGUGAAAAAGUCCAAUGGUUAAAAGACGGCAAAGUAUUAAGUCGACUACCUGAUCGAAUCAAAAUUGAAGAAUUAGAUAAUGGGAAAGUUCAUCGUAUUGUAUUCAAUCAAAUAAGUGAAGACGAUUUAGGUGUAUAUUCGAUACGAGUGGAAAAAUUGUCUUCACAAGCCACCCUGGAUAUGAAGAUUCCACCAACACUGAGAUUGUCAGACUCAUUCUCCGAUCGUGUCAUCAUGAAAGCAGGAUCAGCAGCUGUCUUCGAAAUCCCAUUCAUCGCCAGUCCAAAACCAAAGGUGGAGUGGAAAUGGAGACCGAGAACACGUCCUGACGCCGAGCUCGGUGCACCUCAGACUCCACGAUUCAAGCCUGAUGUGGUGUCUGGAUUGACGUCACUUCCUGUGAGCAAGGUGAAGCGUGAGGAUGCUGGUCCACCAGCUAGUCCGGUUAAUGUGAAAGCAGUCGUCAAUCCACAGAAAGCAUCAAUCAAAGAUCAAACUAUCGAAUUGACAUGGGAACAACCAAGUGAUCAGGUCUCGGCUUCUGGACCUGUCACCAACUUCUACAUCGAAAUGAAACCAACAGAUUCAACGCGUUGGCAGGAUGUGUCGGCCGACUUCACAAUCACUGAACCACAUUUCACACUGCCUACUGAAAAGAUGCAAGAGUUUGUGAGUUAUGAAUUUCGUGUAACAGCGGAGAAUAAAGCAGGGAAGAGUAAACCAUCAUCACCUUCGAAUGCGGUUGAAUUAGGUAUGCCGCUUGAAUUCAUUCGUCCUUUGGAAGAUGUAACCAUAAAAGAAAUCACAAGUGAGCCAGUCAUACUGGAAUGUGAACUAUCUAGAACUCCGCGUGAAAAACUUCAGUGGUAUAAAGAUGGUAUAGCACUUAGUCGACUACCAGAGAGGAUAAAAAUUGAAGAACAAGAAAAUGGAAAGAUUCACCGAAUUAUUUUCUCGCCAUUGACCGAAGAAGAUCUAGGAAAAUAUUCCGUAAAAGUGGAGAAUUUAGCAAGUGAAGCGAACGU